AUGUCGCCACCGGGUAGAUACCGAGGGACCGAAAUUAUGAGCCCUGCUGAAUCGCUCUGCACCAAGCAGUGCACCUGCUGUCCCGUCUUGGCCAUCGCUUCUUCUGUCGCCAGCCUGGCUCUGCUUCACCGAGGGAAAUCCGCUCUUGUCAACCAUCACGAUGAACAUCUGAUCCCCCUUUCUGCCUUCCUUGCCCGCCGAUACUACGAAGCUACGAGCAUCCAUCAGUCCAACGUGCCCGAGCUCACCGACGCGGCGCGCAGAGUUCCUUUCCAGACUCACUCCUACCUUGCACAAUUCGUCGUCCGCGGCGGCGGAAUCGAUCCGGCUGGCACCUCCUGGCAUCCAGUCCGUGCCUCACCUCCCAACCUCCCAGCUGCCUUUCCAUACAUACUCUUGGGUGACAUCAAACAUCCGCCGGCUGCAGUCGAGCCCCUUGCUUCCCGGGAUCCUUUGCCCCCGUCGCUUCAGAGAGCCUCUCGACCAAGCUCUGCACCGAGCCCGCUGCACCACCCGCCGGCAACCCGUCUCGGCCGGCCGCCCCCUCCCCUCUUCCCAAGGGAGCGACAGGCACCACGUCAGACGGAGAGGGUGCCUACCGCUCCGCGGCCUGGCCAAUCGAGCUGUCCCGCUGGCACUGGGGAGCAAUCGCCGACUCGAGUCGUCCUCGGCUUGGUAGCAUCAGGGCACCCAUCUUGCCGCCGGCCCGCAUCAUGGUUGCGUAGCCUUGCCGUCCAUCUCGCUUGCCGUUCGACUCUGGCCAGCUGA